AUGUUCCGGCUCGCAAUAGCAAGCCUCGCCAUCAGCGCAACGGCGGCGCUAGCCCUCGACAAGCGCGCCGCCGUCUCAGACUGCCUUGCCGAGAAGGAAGUCCCCGUAAGCGAGGUCGGCACCGAGGACUGGGACUGGGACGCAGCGCCCUUCAACGUCCGCACCCCAUUUACCCCCGUGGCCAUUGCUGUCCCCAGCACGGAGAAACAUAUCCAAGAUGCCAUUCAGUGCGGUGUUGAGAACGGAGUCAAGGUGACGCCCAAGUGUGGCGGUCACAGCUACGCGAAUUAUGGGUUUGGCGGUGAGGAUGGCCAUUUAAUGCUUGAAUUGGAUAGGAUGAAUAAGGUUGAGUUGGAUGAGGAGACUGGGAUUGCUACUGUCGAGGGUGGUAGUAGACUUGGACAUGUUGCGUCCGUGUUGUACGAGCUUGGGAAGAGAGAUUUUAGCCACGGCACCUGCCCGGGUGUCGGUUCCGGUGGCCACGUCCUCCACGGCGGCUACGGUAUAAGCUCCCACACCAAAGGCCUCGCCCUCGACUGGCUCCUCUCCGCCCGCGUCGUCCUCGCCAACUCCACCGUCUUAACGGCCUCCGUCGACGAAAACCCCGACCUCUUCUGGGCCAUCCGCGGCGCGGGAUCCUCUUUCGGCGUCGUCUCGCAGUUCAAGUUCAAGACCUUUGAGGUCCCCGAGACCGUGACGCGCUUCAACUCCAUCCUGCGCUGGAACGCGAAUAACUCGGUGGCCGGGCUCAAGGCCCUGCAGGAGUGGGCCGCCGAGGACAUGCCGGCUGAGAUGAACGCCAGAGUGUUUUUGACACCGCAGAUUCCGAAUUUGGAGGGGUUGUUUUAUGGGACGAAGGAGGAGUUGACGGAGGUUUUGAGUCCAGUGUUGGAGAAGGUAAAUGGGAUGUUGCAGGAUGCUACGGAGACGGAUUGGCCUGGGCAGUUGAGCCAUUUUGGAGGUGGUCUUGAUCUUGACCAGACCCAUCCCUACAACAAGCAAGACAACAUCUACUCCACAAGCAUCUACACCGACGCCCUCACCGACGAACAACUCGAAUCCCUCGUUGACUACUGGUACACCAAAGCCAAGAAAGUCCGCCGCGGCUGGUACCACCACAUCGACUUCCACGGCGGCAAGACCUCGGCCAUCUCCGCCGUCUCCAACAAGGCCACGUCCUACGUCCACCGCGACAAGCUCCUCAUGCACAACUUCUACGACCACGUCGACAUUAAGGACACGUACCCCGAGGACGGCUUCGAUCUCUUCAACGGCUUCAUCGACGCCAUCGUCGGCGACGGCGAUAAGUUGGAUUACGGCGCGUACUUUAACUAUCCCGAUCCGAACUUGGAUCAGGAUACGGCUCAGAAGAGGUACUGGGGCGAGGCGCUGCCGAAGUUGCAGGAGAUUAAGGCUGCUGUUGAUCCGGAUGAGGUGUUUUAUUUGCCGCAGUCUGUGAGGCCGGCGAAGAAGGCCGGUUCUGAGGAGGAGGCUCCCAAAGAAGAAGCUCCUGAGGAAGAAGCUCCUGAGGAACCACCAGUGGAGGAGGAGCCGGAAAAGAAGAAGAAGAAGAAGUGCUAG